AAGUCGGGCAGUGUAUAUUGGACGAAGCCCGAGGAAGUUUUCUUUUGUACCCUGCCCGGCGAAGCCAUUUGCUUAGAUUCCUUAGAUUCAUUAACCCGGUGCCUGCCGCCGGCAGGGUCUCGUUCCGUUGCGAUGUGAUUCGUCACUUCCUUUCAAAUAGGUGUUCGCUACUACCAUCAUGUCUUCCUCCUUGUUCGACGUUCGCAAACAGCUCGCGUUCUAUGGUUCCUACCAUUCCCAUCCAGUCAACGUCUUCAUUCACAUCUUCGGGGUCCCAGCCCUUCUAUGGAGUGCACUAGUGUUGGCGACUCGCAUCCCAAGUCCCUCAUUCUUGCCGGAGGUUCGCUAUACGUUCAAUGAGUACCUCGUAUUCGACAUGAACACGCCUGCCGUGGGCACCACUCUCUACUUCGUGUACUACUUCAUCCUUGAACCGAUCGCUGCACUGUUGUACGCACCGCAAAUGGUGGUGUCAUUGCUGACCGCAACAGCCUAUGCAUCUCGCCCUGAUGGCAUUCGAGACGCGAUCAUCGUUCAAGUCGUCUCAUGGAUUGCGCAGUUCCUUGGGCAUGGACUUGCUGAGGGUCGUGCUCCAGCCCUUCUGGAUAACAUUCUUGGUGCCUUGGUACUCGCACCUUUCUUCGUGCACCUGGAAUUGUUGUUCAUGCUCGGAUAUCGUCCCGACCUGCACAAGCAGCUGCAAAACGAUGUUGGGAUUGAGAUUGCCAAAAUAAGAAAGGAACAAGGCGAAAAGAGACGUCUUGCCGACAAGAAGUCCAGUUAAUUUGAUCGAUGACGAGAGCUUUGUCACGGAUCUAUUUUCAUGUUGUAUAUCUUUCUGCCAGUUGUUCAGCGACAUCGGAGGUGCUGUCAGACCUCAUUAAUCCUUUUAUUCCUGGCCUGUGGAGGUUCUGGGGCUUCUCAUAGUUCACCAUCGUCUU